CCCUCCAAUAUCUCAUAAAGAUUUAAGCUAACGGAUUCGAAUAAUCAAAAUCCCCCGAUCAGGAAAAGAAGAAAAAACCCUAGCUCCUUCACUCCAUUUCUAGACAAUAACAGAAGGGGGGGGGGAAUGGCGCUUUCCGAGGAAGAGUGCUCAACGGGGAAGGCAUCUUCCUCUUCACCUUCAUCCUCGUCGGCGACUGCUUCGCAAGGCGUUAACUACCUUGCCAAGUGUGUACUUAGAGGAAGUGUUAUCCUCCAGGUCGCUUACGGUCACCUCCGAUCUCCUUCUUCCUUGGACGUCGUUUUCGGCAAGGAGACGUCCAUAGAGUUGGUAGUAAUUGGUGAAGAUGGUAUUGCAACUUCUGUUUGUGAGCAGACUGUCUUUGGUACGAUAAAGGAUCUUUCCAUUCUACCUUGGAAUGAGAAGAUCUAUGCUCAAAAUACUCAGAUGCAAGGGAAAGAUAUGUUGGUCGUUAUUUCUGAUUCUGGAAAGCUAUCAUUUCUCACAUUUUGCAAUGAGAUGCACAGGUUUUUUCCCGUGGAUCAUGUUCAGCUUUCUGAUCCUGGAAACUCAAGGUGCCAACUUGGAAGAAUGCUAGCUGUUGAUUCCACUGGUCGCUUCAUUGCUGCUAGUGCUUAUGAAGACCGAUUAGCUCUUUUUUCCCUUUCAAUGUCUGCUGGAGAUGAUAUCGUUGACAAGAAAAUAUUUUAUCCCCCUGAGAAUGAAGGCACUGGUGGUUCUUCCAGAAAUCCCCAAAGAACUAGUAUACGUGGUACAAUAUGGAGCAUGUGUUUUGUUUCAAAAGAUUCCGCCCAAACAAAUAAGGAGCAUAAUCCUGUUUUAGCCAUUGUUCUGAAUAGGAAAGGAAAUACCCUGAAUGAACUGGUAUUGUUGGGAUGGAAUAUUAAAGAGCAUGCAGUUUACAUCCUUUCUCAAUAUCUUGAAGCUGGACCACUAGCACAUAGCAUUGUUGAAGUACCUCAUUCCUGCGGAUAUGCAUUCCUGUUUAGGGUUGGUGAUGCUCUCUUGAUGGAUCUUAGAGAUGCGCAUAAUCCUCAUUGCAUGUAUAGAACAACUUUAGACUUUUCAGUCCAUACACCUGAGGAACAUAUAUGUGUUGAAGAGCUAUGUACAGCUCAUGAAUUUGAUGAUGAUGGGUUAUUUACUGUUGCUGCAUGUGCUUUACUUCAGCUGAGUGAUUAUGAUCCAAUGUGUAUAGAUGGCGAAAGUGGAAAUGGAAAAACGACCUGCAAACAUGUAUGCUCAUGUAGUUGGGAACCGAAAAGUGACAGAAGUCCGAGGAUGAUCGCUUGUCUUGAUACUGGAGAAUUUUACAUGAUCGAUAUUUCAUUUGAUUCUGACGGUCUUAAAGUGAAUAUAUCUGAUUGCCUCUACAAAAGUCAACCUUGCAAGUCCCUUUUGUGGGUCGAUGGUGGGUUCCUAGUGGCAAUUGUAGAGAUGGGGGAUGGUCUGGUGCUUAAGGUAGAAAACGAGAAGCUAAUAUACAGAAGUCUUGUUCAAAAUAUAGCUCCGAUAUUGGACAUGUCAAUAGUGGAUUACCAUGGGGAGAAACGUGAUAAAAUGUUUGCAUGCUGUGGUGUCGCACCUGAGGGAUCAUUAAGAAUCAUACGAAGUGGUAUUAGUGUAGAAAAGCUUCUAAGAACUGCCCCUAUUUACCAAGGUAUAAGUGGAACCUGGACAGUUCAGAUGAAAGUUACAAAUUCUUAUCAUUCUUUUCUCGUGCUAUCAUUUGUUGAAGAGACCAGAGUACUAUCAGUUGGAUUAAGCUUUACUGAUGUUACCGAUUCCGUUGGUUUCCAACCGGAUGUCUGUACUUUGGCAUGUGGUCUUGUUGGUGAUGGCCAGCUUGUCCAAAUUCAUCAAAAUGCAGUUAGGCUUUGUUUCCCUACAAAGGCAGCCCAUUCUGAUGGCAUCCCUUUUUCUUCUCCAGUAUGCACAACUUGGUCCCCGGAUAACAUGAGUAUCAGUUUAGGGGCAGUUGGGCAAAGUUUGAUAGUUGUAUCCACUUCUAAUCCAUAUUUUCUUUUUAUUCUUGGGGUCAGAUCAUUAUCAGCAUAUAAUUAUGAAAUAUAUGAGUUGCAGCGUGUGAGAUUGCAGUAUGAGUUAUCAUGUAUAUCAAUACCUCAAAAGCAUUUUGAGAUGAGACAUUUAAGCUCUAAUUUAAACUUGAUGGGUGAUACUGGGAGAGCUGUUCUUCCUGUUGGAGUUGGAACGAGUAUUACCUUUGUUAUUGGUACCCAUAAGCCUUCUGUGGAAAUUCUGUCAUUUACACCCCUAGGUCUAAGUGUUCUUGGUACUGGAACAAUUUCACUAACAACUACUAUGGAAACUGCUAUUAGUGGUUGCAUUCCUCAAGAUGUAAGGCUAGUGCUAGUUGAUCAGUUUUAUGUUCUGGCAGGGUUGAGGAACGGAAUGUUGCUUCGGUUUGAGUGGCCUUCUGCUUUUGCUACUUCAUCAGAACUAUGUGAACGUAGUUCUUCUAUUCCUUUUCCAGGAAAGUUUGAGAGAUUUUUAUUGAAUACAAAAACAAAUUUGCUUGGUUCACAAACCUGUUCUGUUAAUAUGGGUGAGAAAGACGGCCUUCCUGUCACUCUUCAAUUGAUCGCAACUCGUAGAAUUGGUGUUACCCCAGUUUUCCUGGUUUCCCUGAGCGAUUCACUUGAUGCAGAUAUUAUAGCUCUCAGUGACAGACCUUGGUUAUUGCAUACGUCUAGGCACAGCCUUUCUUAUACUUCUAUAUCUUUCCAACCUUCCACGCAUGCAACCCCUGUGUGUUCUGGUGAAUGUCCUAAAGGAAUUUUAUUUGUUGCAGAAAACAGUUUACAUUUGGUGGAAAUGGUGCACAGUAAAAGGCUUAAUGUACAGAAGUUUCAUAUUGGAGGCACUCCACGGAAGGUCCUGUAUCAUAGUGAUAGUAAGCUUUUAAUUGUGAUGAGGACUGAGCUAAGUAACGACACAUGUUCUUCUGAUAUUUGUGGUGUAGACCCCCUCAGUGGGUCUGUGGUGGCAUCUUUAAAACUUGAACCUGGUGAAACUGGAAAAUGCAUGGAGCUAGUUAGUGCUGGAAAUGAACAGGUUCUGGUUGUUGGGACUAGCCUUUCUCCUGGUCCAGCAAUAAUGCCCAAUGGUGAAGCUGAAAGUUCCAUAUGUAUAACUGGAUAUUUUUGCUACAGCACCAAGGGCCGUCUAAUUGUCCUCUGCAUUGAACAUGUACAAAACACAGAUGGUGGUUCAAUGAUGUUCUCUUCUAUGGCUGGGUCAUCUUCUCAACGAAACUCACCAUUUCGUGAAAUUGUUGGUCAUGCCACCGAACAACUAUCAAGUAGUAGUAUCUGCAGUAGUCCAGAUGAUGCUAGUUGUGAUGGAGUAAAACUUGAAGAAACUGAAGCAUGGCAGUUGCGGCUGGCUUACUCAACCACUUGGCCUGGAAUGGUUCUUGCUGUAUGUCCAUAUCUAGACCGUUACUUCUUGGCCUCGGCUGGUAAUGCUUUAUAUUUAUGUGGUUUUCCAGGUGAUAAUCCUCAAAGGGUGAGAAGAUUUGCAAUAGCCAGGACACGGUUUAUGAUAACGUCAUUGAGUGCAUAUCGUAAUAGAAUUGCUGUAGGCGAUUGUCGUGAUGGUAUUCUUUUUUAUUCAUAUAAUGAGGACACCAAGAAACUGGACCAGACAUAUUGUGACCCAUCUCAGAGGUUGGUUGCUGAUUGUGUUCUUACAGAUGUUGAUACUGCUGUUGUUUCAGAUCGUAAGGGCAGCAUUGCUGUCUUGUCUUGUUCAGAUCGUCUUGAAGAUGAUGCAAGUCCUGAACGCAACUUAACACUGUCUUGUGCAUAUUAUAUGGGUGAGAUUGCCAUGAGCAUCAGGAAGGGCUCAUUUAUUUACAAGCUUCCUGCUGAUGAUAUGUUAAACAACUGUGAGCCUCUGAAUGCAAGUGUAGAUCCUUCACACAGUGCUAUAAUGGCCAGCACACUCCUCGGAAGCGUAAUGAUCUUCAUUCCUAUAUCAAGGGAGGAAUAUGAACUGUUGGAAGCUGUCCAAGCUAGACUCAUCGUUCAUCCAUUAACUGCUCCUAUACUAGGCAAUGAUCAUAAUGAGUACCGUAGCCGUGAAAACCUGGUUGGAGUCCCGAAGAUACUUGACGGUGACAUGUUGGCUCAAUUCUUGGAUCUUACUAGCAUGCAACGAGAGGCUGUAUUAUCAUUUCCCAUUGUUUCUCCCGAUACUCAAAAGUUGAGUUCGAAACUGGCGUCUUCACCUAUCCCUGUCAACAAGGUCGUACAACUCCUCGAACGUGUCCAUUACUCCUUGAACUAAUAACAGCUUCCCCCCAUUUUUCAUCCGAUAUUUUAUUGAAAGAAGACAGCCCCGAGAUCAACAGAAGAAAGGCUUGUGAUUGUAAUCCUCACAUGAUCUGGAGGGGCUGGGUGCAAGAUGAUCACUGUCGACUACAUUCACGAACGCAUUGGUUAUAUUAUUUCUUUAGUUUGCAGGUUUGGCGACGCAGCUGCAGGCACAAUGAAUAAAGAUAAAUGGGUAGAGUCGGUGUUUACCUUUUUUUGUCCAUUGUAAGUAGUGGCAUUGUAUUGGUGUUUCAAAUGGGAAUUGAAUUUGGUGUUUUUCUUCUGCAACACAGUCUCAAGCAAUUUUUUUUUGGUCUAUCAAAGUGCGAGGACGAAACAGCAACCCACAUCGAAGAGUUCUUCCCAAAAGUCAUCACCUUUUCAUUUCUAUUCCUUUCCUGCUUUUCUAUGAGAAUUUAAGUUAAUUUAGUUAUUAAUACAUAAAAUAUUUUACGUAUAUAAAUUGAUAAUGCUUUGCUAUUUCUUAGAGCCUAGUAAUAGUAGAAAUAGCAUGUCAUGUGAGUUUACUAGAACGCAUGCUAAAUGAAUUAUUGAUACGUAGAAUAUUAUUUA